GGCUGCCUAUGUAGAAAGGCAGACGCGCAUAAAUGUGCUAUUGGACUUUCUCUCUCUCUCAGCGCUACACAUAAACAAAGGCACAUUGCAACUCCAGCCCCGGCGCGUCUGUCUCUUCCCGUAGCCACUUCAUGCCGAGCCGGUUACAGUGGAACUGAGCAGGAGCACGGAGUACUUUUUUAUUCCUCCACUCUUAUUUUAUAAGAGAAAUAUAAGAAAGAAAAAAAAAAUCAACACAAAUACAGACAUCUCUUCUACUUUUUUUAAUGAAACCUGGUCAUCUUUUGCCACCGUAAGAUCUACUUCAUUCAUCUGAAUUUUUUAAACAUUUUUUACUUUUUUUUUUGCCAAACUCUAUUGGAUAUGCACAGGGAAUUAUUAGGGGUCUAAAAACAUAUGUAAAGACGGAACCGUCACAGCAAACAACAGACCCCGGUUCGGAAGAGCGCCUGCAGCCGAGCUCUGAGUCCCGGCUCCCGGAUACGUGCACCGUCGCGCGAGCUGCUACAGCGCCGAACCCCCGCCGCGCGCCACCUCCGCCCUCCAAACCCAGCACGAUUCAGCGAGCAAAAGGUCAACCAGAUCGAUGGCCUUGUGACAAUGAGCAGGAGGUCACAGUCUUUGGAACAGCUCCGUUUUGUCCAUCUAAAAUGCUCUCCUCGAGACAUGCCCUGUGUUCAGGCCCAGUAUGGCCCCGCCCCCCCAGGGUCAAGCUACUCUGCCCAGUCCUUCGUCUAUCCCAGCGAAUACCACAGUAACGAGUUAAUGGCACCGGACUACGCUAAAUGCGAUCUGGGUGGAGGGGAGAUCUCCGCAGCAGCAGCCACUACAUCGCUGCCCAGCUUUAAUGUGUUUGUCGAGGGUGGCUUCGAGCCCAAACCCUCGUGCUUGUACCAGAUGUCCACACCACAACGGUCCACCAUUAAGAAGGAAGAUGAGAGUUUUGCAUCAGUUGAUGAAGCCAUGGCCACCGGGUCCAUGUAUUUUAAGCAGUCUCCACCUUCGACUCCACCCACACCACUCCACCCAGGCCCUGCUGGCACCUCUUUCCUAUGGGAGGAGACUCACGGUCUACCUCUGGUGCCCCAAACAUGCUCACGCUUCGCCCAUUUCUAUGACCAGACAGCACAGUCUGUACCCACUUCCAGCAGCUACGAGGCGCCCAUGGGCUUGCCGAUCCGGCCCGAGCGCUCUCCUUCGUCUUCUUCCUCGCACCCGCCGCCCAGCCUGGAGCCGCACUCACAUGGGCACUCACAUGUGUACCCACUGAAUGUAGGCAAACCAGGAGGACUGGGCUUCCGUUCGCUGGGCAUGGGGCCAUGCCCACAGUCGCUCCUCGGAGAGAGCUUGCCGUCACCACCUGGACGUGCCACCUCUGGGGAGGGCACAUGCGCUGUGUGUGGAGACAACGCCGCCUGCCAGCAUUAUGGUGUUCGCACAUGUGAAGGCUGCAAGGGAUUCUUCAAGAGAACAGUGCAGAAGAAUGCAAAGUAUGUUUGUUUGGCCAGUAAAAACUGCCCAGUGGACAAAAGGAGACGAAACCGUUGUCAGUACUGCCGCUUCCAGAAAUGUCUUAGUGUGGGCAUGGUGAAGGAAGUGGUGCGCACAGACAACCUGAAAGGGCGGAGAGGGCGUCUGCCGUCCAAGCCGAAGAGUCCGCUGCAGCCUGAGCCGUCUCCACCGUCACCUCCUCUCAGCCUGCUCAACGCUCUCGUCCGCGCCUACUCACAGUCCAUCCCCCGAGAGCUCGACUACAGCCAGUUCAGUGCUGUAGAGACGGGAACUUUAGCCGAGACCCAGCAGAUUCAGCUCUUCUAUCGCGUCCUCACCGGCUCCAUGGAGGUGACGCGUCGCUGGGCCGAGAGGCUCCCCGGAUUCACUGAGCUCCACCACGAUGACCAGAGUCUGCUCAUAGACUCAGCCUUCCUUGAGCUCUUUGUACUCCGCCUGGCCAACAGGUCGUUGUUGGCAGAGGAAAAGUUUGUAUUCUGCACGGGCCUGGUGCUCCACAGGCUGCAGUGUCUGCGAGGUUUUGGAGAAUGGCUCGACUCAAUCAGAGACUUCAGCUCUCAUCUUCAGAGUCUCAGCCUGGACUUACCCGCCUUCUCUUGCCUGUCGGCCCUGGUGCUGCUCACAGAACAAUGUCCCGGCCUCAAGGAGCCCAAGAAGGUGGAGGAGCUACAGUCCAAGCUCGUCUGCUGCCUUCGAGACCACUUGAGCUCCGGCGGGGCCACGAGUGUGGCCGCAGCAGGCAAAGCCCCGCCCCCAUUGGCUGCUGUUCUGGGCUUAAGGGCCGAGCUUAGGUCACAGCGCACUCAAGGCCUACAAAGGAUCUUCUACUUAAAGUUGGAGGACCUGGUCCAACCUCCACCACUCAUCGACAGGUUCCUGGACACACUGCCCUACUAAAACAGACACGCCCCCAAAAGCUCGCCUGGGCACGCCCACAGACUGGGGACAAACCACAGAGGACAGAGCCUGAAAAGAGACUCAAUGAACUCGAUUUUACUCAAGAGGCUCCAGAUGUACACUCUUUCCACCUCAGCUCUGUGUCUGAUAAUGUGUGUGUGUGUGUGUGUGUGUGU